AUGUGCCUGAUACCAAGCUUGGAGAGCGUCAGUCGCAAGUUGAAGACACUGGCUGGAGAGGGCUCUGGGGCCCUGCUGUGCCUAACCAGGAUGGAGGGCCUGGCACUACAGGUGGAGUUGCAGUAUUGGUCAGGAGUUGUCUUCCUGUCGGCCUAUCUCAAGGACGGCGAAGGGUACGGACCGUGCAACGCCGAGCUGGUGUGGGAGAUCAUCGAGUACCUGUCAGUGCUCAACGGCAUGCAGAUCCCGUGGAUCAUCGGCGCCGAUUUCAACAUGCCGCUCACCGCCCUGGACCAGUCCGACUGGAUAGCGGCGGCUGGAGGACUGGCUUUCGUUUCUGAGGCGCCCACUUGCAGGCAGGUUUCACCUGGCACGCACCUUGAUUAUUUCAUUUGCAGCAGCUGGCUGGCGCCAAAGCUCAACCCCCGCACGUGCGUGUUAGAGGCUGCCACCACCUACCCUCACCUCCCCGUCCAGCUUACGUUGAGGGCUCGGGAGACGCCUGUUUGGGCUCGGGUGGCCAAG